AUGCCUGCCUCAGACCCCGGUGAUGAACUGGUUGAUGAUGAAUUCAUCGUGGAUAUUGACGGUAUCCAAGCCCACGGUAUCGGAGCUGCGGAUAUCACCAAGCUCAAAGCAAAUGGAUACUAUACCGUAGCAUCAGUUCAUGGUGCGACUCGACGGACGCUUCUCAAAAUCAAAGGAUUCAGUGAAAUCAAAGUUGAAAAGAUCAAAGAAGCUAUCCAAAAGUGUUUGCCAUCUGCCACAGGGUUUGUGACUGCAAUGGAACUCCAUCAUCAGCGCAAAAAAGUCGUCCGUAUCUCGACUGGGAGCAAGCAGUUCGAUUCGAUUCUUGGCGGUGGCUUUCAGAGCAUGAGCAUCAGCGAAGUCUUUGGCGAAUUCCGAUGUGGUAAAACCCAACUUUCGCAUACCAUGUCCGUCAUCGCCCAGCUGCCACGCUCGCUUGGCGGUGCCGAUGGCAAAGUCGCCUAUAUCGACACGGAGGGAACAUUUCGACCUGAGCGGAUCGCGCAGAUUGCCGAGCGUUUCAGUCUGGAUCCGGAUACAGCGCAGGAGAAUAUUGCUUACGCGCGGGCGCUCAAUUCCGAGCACCAGUUGGAGCUCUUGAACACUUUGAGUCGAGAGUUUGCGGAUGAGUUCAAUGUGUGCGUCUUGAUGACAAAUCAAGUACAGAGUGAUCCCGGUGUGAGCGCACUUUUCGCGGGCGCCGAUGGUCGUAAACCUGUUGGUGGCCAUGUUCUCGCUCAUGCAUCGACCACACGUGUCCUGCUUCGCAAGGGCCGGGGUGAUGAGCGAGUGGCGAAAAUUCAAGACUCCCCAGAUUGCCCCGAGCGUGAGGCGACAUAUGUCAUUACCAAUGGCGGAAUCAACGAUCCUGACAAGGUGUUCGCAGGGUAUAUCUUUUCAAAACGGACACAGCCCAUCAUGAAGAAAGUGACCGUGGAAGUGGCCGGGUAUACGACCCUACCGCUUCAACUCCCAUCUACAUCCACAUUCCCAACACCAGCAACUCACUACCUCUAUGUCCGUCCACAUGAGCCUCGCAUUCCCGACCCCGACUCCGCACGCUCAUUGUUCAUCGUCAAUGCACCCAUCGACACCACAGAAAUUCACCUGCGCCACCUCUUCGGUACCCAACUCUCCGCCGGUCGCGUCCAAAAGGUCACUUUUGAAGAUGUCCCCGUCAAAAAAGCCGGUAUCGCAACCGCCACCGAAUCCAACCUCUCGCACCGAUCCAACAAGAAGCGCAAGCGCGUCACAGCCGAUGAUCUCCAAGGCGCCCUAGACGACAUUUCCCCUCCCUCGACCUGGGAUCGCACCCUGCACAAAAGCGGCACCCACGCCAUUGUGCUCUUCGCCGAUAAACCCAGCAUGGAAGCCAGUCUCAAAGCUGUGGCCAAGGCCUCCCGCAAAGGAACACCUCUGAUCUGGGGAGACGGGAUCCCAUCGAACAAGGCCCCUCCCGCGCUCGGCUUACCGCGAUAUCUCGCCCACGAACAACUUCGGUAUCCGGACCGUGCGGAGCUCCUGCGCACAGUCAACGACUUUAUGACUACCUUUGAGCAGGUGGCCGAGGCGCGCAAGCGGGAGGAGGCGAAGAAGGCCGGUGAACCGGAUGAGGAUGGCUUCGUUACUGUAACCAGUGGACCGAAGUUGAAUUCUGUGGCGAGAGAGGAGGAAAUGAAGGAGUUGGUGGCGAAGCAGAAGAAGAAGGAGGAAGGGCUGGAGGACUUUUACCGAUUCCAGAGUCGUGAGAAGAGGAAAGAAAAGCAGCAGAUGCUGCUUCGGCGGUUCAAUGAGGAUCGGAGGAAGUUGCAGGAUCUUAAGAUGCGGAGGGGCAAGAUUCGGGUAAGUUCUUUUUUCCUCCGUGGAUGA